ACAAUAUUUACCGAUUCACGUUUCACGGCGUGCACUCUGCAACGAAUCAAGAGCCUGGGCGUCGUCUGUCCCAAGAGGAGCUCUCUAUGCCGCUGAAGGAACUGGCAGGGAAAAUACUAUGGAUCAAGGUGGAGGGGAGCUCGCCGCCCACCGCGAAUCUGACCAAACUGCGCAUGCAAUUGACCGUCGAGGACAAGAGCAACGUAAGUACUAAAAUUUUUGAACGUGAUGACAAACGACCUCAAAGCUGUGUGUCUUCAGCACCCCAGGAAUUGGGCCAUUUCUGCCAAAGGGGAUUACCCUGACGCUCGCUGUCCCUUCACGGACUGCCUAUUGCCAAAUGCCUGUCACAUCAUUGAAUGUGGACAGAACGAUGGAGCAUACGAAGCUCUACCGGGGCUUUCAAAUCGUAUUCAUGACAUCUGUUAUCCUCAAUUGGAGCCAACUUAUAACGGCGAGCCCGAGGGUUUUCUAGAUGUAAGAUUUCCCAUAUCGGCAAUAAAGCGUUACGCGCUGGGUUGGUUACCCCACGUAGAAAUGCCAGUAAAUGGCAUGAUGCUGGAGUGCCAGUUCCAUGAGACUUACGAUAGGUAUUGGUGGUUCAUAUAUCGGGGAGUAUGCAUCCUUUCCUGUGCUUAUUUUGGGAAAUUUUUGACUUGCGAUCGACAGGAAGCCUUUUGGACUCACGACAAGCCAUGCCCUCUCUUCCAGGUGUAUGGUUGGGAUCCACAGGUGCAUCCGGCUGAACGUGAUGCGCACCAAAGCGAGCGAAAACCACGGAAGAUCAAGCAGGACCCUUCGCAGGUCCAGCUCCAAGAUUUGCGAACGAUCAUUUCCUUCUACCAUUCCUUCGGCACCUCUAAUUAUUACAACAUCAUAGAACGUGUAGCAGGUGACCUACCGUCUCCGAAGAGAAAGGCAAAGGAGCAAGGAAGGAGCAGGAAGCGGCCAUGUUCUUGUCACGAUGAUGAAGACAGUGAUACAGAGAGCGAUUCUAGUUCCGACGAUACAGAAGAGGAUGAAAAUUGGAAGGAAAUGGCGGAAAUCGAGCAGUGUAAUAUCACAGCGCAGACGAUGCUGAUAUUGCUGGCGAACUGCUGGUCCAUCCAGGCUGGGAGGCGCGGAAAAAAAAUCCGCUCAUAACGCCGAGAAAGUUGUCGUAUUAGGGUCAUAAUACAAACACUAUGGUGCAGGUUUCCUUGAAUUCCAAGAGAAUGUAGUAUGGCCCGAUUUUCGUCUUUCUACAUUGUCUGUCGACGAUAAGAAACAAAAUAAGGGUUGUCGGUGAGGGGUACAAUCGUAAAACAAAAAGUGGCUACGAAUAAAUGUUUGAACGAGGGAACGAGGCGUUGCCAACUAUAUCGUCAUAAUUGAUCGCCGAAUUCCAAUAGCCUAGGAGCGCACUACAAGUACAUCUAGUCUC